AUGUAUGAUGAUAGUAAUAGUACGAUCAAAGAUGCUUUUCAAGAACCUCGAAAAAAAUUUUGGCUGCGGUCAAGAAAACGUACGAAAAGUGAUGCUAUCAGUGUCAGUUCAAUGGACAUAUCUAUUGAAUCAGAUAUGGGAAAAAAGAAAAAGAGAAGAAGAAUUACAGAAGUGGCCAGUAGUAUUUUUUCCUCUUCUACUUUAGGUAGCAAACAAGGAAAUACACUUCAUAGAUCUUUCACAGUUCAACCAAACACCACAGAUUUAUCCUUUGGGGAUAAUGAAACAGAUACAGGAACAUUAAAGAAAAAACACAAGGAAAAGAUUGAAAACACUAAUAAUUUUACACUUAAAAGUUGGGUACUUGAUGUGGCAAAAACAAGUACCAAAGAUAGACCAAAUUAUGCCUUAAGCAAAAAAGAAGUGAAAAGACAAGAAGCAAUUUAUGAAUUAUAUUGUGGAGAAAAUGUGCUUGUUAAUGAUUUAAGUGUACUCAAAGACUUUUACUAUGAACCACUGGUACCCACUGGUAUUUUUAAUUCUGAUGAAUUAAACACACUUUUCGGUGGUGUAACACAUCUCAUUGAAAUACAUAAUAGAUUAAGAAAUGAAUUGGUUGAUCUAAGAGACCAAUAUGGAUAUACAGAAACUGUUGGUUCUACAAUAUUAAAUUGGAUUCCAACUUUAACAAAACCAUACUUAGAAAGGUGCAGAACACAAAUAUGGGCAAAACAUUUAUUAGAUGAAAAGAGAUUAACAAACAAACGUUUUCAAUCUUUUUUAAAAAAACGUUUAGAAUCUCCACACUCAAUUGAUUUAUGGACAUACAUAGAUGUAGCAAGAUCAAGAAUUGUUAAAUACCCCCUGUUGAUUAAAGAAAUGCUAAGGCAUACUGCUACAACACAUACAGAUUAUACAUCCUUAAAAGAGGCUUAUGACUUGAUAUCCAACUUACUUAUUGAUAUAGACAAUAUUAUGGGAAAUGCAGAGUGCAAAUUAGCUCAGUCGAAAAUUAAUGUAAAAUUGGACUAUGAUUCUACUAAGUGCAUUGAAAAUGCAACAGAAUUAAUCACUCAAGGCCAGCUUAAAGAUACAAGGGGAAUGAAAGUUCAAUGUUUUCUUUUUGAUACUGGCUUUGCAAUAACUCGUGGUACAAGAUCUGUAAAUAAAAGAUACAAUUUAUCUUUUCCUGUUAUACCCAAAGAACAGAUCUGUAUAAGUGCAGAUGAGACAUCUGAUACAAAUGGUGGAUUUAAAAUUGGAGACCACGUUUUAGCAACGGAAGAUGGACAUGGAAAAAGGCAUUGGAUUGAUUCAUUUAACAAAAUUAAUAAAACCAAUAUUAAUUCAUUAGAAACUGCGAUUGAUAUCAAUGAAAAGGAAAACCAGCAAAUGUCGACACCAUUGAAAAGUCGAUCUACGAGAUCGUCCAUGAAUAAAAUAAAUGAAAAUCAUUUUUCAUUGACAUUGAAAAGAAGUUUUUUAAAACAAAAACGUAACAGCACUGGUAUUGUUUAG